UCGGGCGCCCGUGACCGCUGGCGACCGUCCGUGGAACACUCAGCGGCCCCGUGUCAGGAUAUGGCCGCAAGCGAUACACUUGUUCGUCCGGGACGGGGACAGACACGAACGCCAUAACAGGUGUCUCGGACGAGGAUGUUCUUAUUUAUAGCCCCGGAUAACGUUGCCGCUUGCCAAGCGUUGUUUCGAAGAGGGUAAUUUUGGAGUGGUGUUUGCCGGAGACAACAUGAAGGUUCAUGAGACAAGGUCCCAUACACGCAGUUCCGCCGAGGAAGAAGGCAAUAUCGGGAAAGGGAAACAGAAGGCGGAGAACGGAGGGCGAGAUGGUGAACAGCAGCAGGCAUCUAAAAAUAAGAAGGCGAAGGUCGAGGGGGAGAAUCGAGAUGCAAACGGCAAACCUGCAGUAGACGUUGCUGUCGAGUUUGAGGAGUUCUGCAAGGCUACGAGGCAGCAUCUGUCGAUAAACGAGAUGCGCAGGAUACUGGAAGCUAACGAGCAAGACCCUUCUGGUUCUGAUGAUGCAGUCGUCCCUCGAUGCCAAGAUAUGAUGUUCUAUGGGCCCUUGGAGAAAUGCCCGGUCUGCCGUAACCAGGUGGAUUGCAGCGGGAGCAACUACCUAUGCAGAGGGGCUUACAGCGAAUGGAGCACCUGUAUAUACACCACCACCGACGCGCGGAGGAGAGAUCAGCCGGUGAGGAUCCCCGAGGGGAUUGGAGAUGAGACGGUUGAGGAGUGGAUCAAGAAACAAGAAUCGAGAAGCUACCCUCGCCGGGAGUUGACUUCGUCGAAUAAGCCUUUUGCUGGAUUGGUGAUCUCCCUCUCCGGUCGUCUGUCUCGAACACAUCAAACAUGGAGGGAGGAAAUUGAGAAGCAUGGCGGAAAGGUCUCUAAUAACAUUAUUGGUGCCAAUUGCUUGGUUGUGUCCCCUGCGGAACGUGAAAGAGGAGGUUCAUCCAGAGUGGCGGAGGCAAUGGAAAGGAACAUUCCUGUGGUGAGUGAAAACUGGUUGGUAGAUAGCAUCCAGAAGCAGCAGGCGCAGCCCCUCGAUGCCUACGAUGUCGUCUCUGAUCUUAUCCCCGAGGGAAGGGGAAUUCCAUGGGACAAAAUGGACCCGAACGAAGAAGCUCUCGAAUCUUUGACGGCUGAACUCAAGCUGUCUGGAAAGAGGUGUGUCUACAAGGAUAGCAUGUUGCAGGAGCAAGGAGGGUUCAUAUUUGAGAAGGAUGGAAUCUUAUACAACUGUGCGUUCUCCCUUUGUGAUCUGGGGAGGGGAAUCAACGAAUAUUGCGUCUUGCAGCUGAUUCAGGUUCCUGAGAAAAACGUGCAUCUGUACUAUAAGAAGGGCCGAGUAGGAGACGACCCCAAGGCAGAUGAGAGGGUCGAGGAGUGGAACAACGUGGAUGAUGCGCUGAAAGAGUUUGUUCGCCUCUUCAAAGAGGUCACAGGGAACGAGUUUGAGACAUGGGAGAGGGAGAAGAAGUUCCAGAAAAUGUCUCUCAAGUUCUAUCCUAUCGACAUGGACGAUGGUAUUGAUGUGAGACACGGGGGAUUGAGUGCUCGGCAGCUGGGUGUUGCAGCUGCUCACUGUAAGCUGGAGCCACUGGUGGCGAAGUUUAUGAAGGUCUUGUGCAGCCAGGAGAUCUACAGAUAUGCAAUGAUGGAAAUGGGAUAUGAUUGUCCAGACCUACCCAUGGGAAUGGUCACCGAUCUGCAUCUAGAAAGAUGUGAGGAGGAGCUGCUCAAUUUCAGAGAGGACAUCAAGAAAGCACCUGAUUCGAGCGACAAGGCCAAUGUCCUGUGGCUGGACUUCACCAACAAGUGGUUCACGUUCAUGCACUCCGUCCGGCCGUUCAUCAUGAAGAAUUUCCAGGAACUCGCGGAUCACGUGGCUGCAGGACUGGAGUGCAUAAGGGACAUCAACGUUGCGUCCCGCCUCGUCGGCGACAUGUCUGGUGCGACCGUCGACGACCCACUUUCCGAUCGCUACGGCAGACUCGGCUGCUCUGUGGCACCCCUGGACAAGGAAUCAGACGACCACAAGAUGAUCCUCAAGUACCUCGAGACCACAUACGAGCCCAUCAAAGUUGGAGACGUGACGUACGGUGUCUCGGUGGAGAACAUAUUUGCCGUCGAAUCGGGCGCUGGUCCUUCGUACGAGGAAGUGAAGAAGCUGCCAAACAAGAUCUUGUUGUGGUGUGGAACGAGGAGUUCUAAUUUGAUCAGGCAUUUACAGAAAGGACUGCUCCCAUCAGUAUGUCAGAUACCAGCGCCUGGAUACAUGUUUGGAAAAGCGAUUGUUUGCUCAGAUGCAUCGGCUGAGGCCGCUAGAUACGGAUUCACCGCAGUUGACAGGCCAGAUGGGUUCUUGCUCUUGGCCGUGGUUUCCCUGGGAGAGCAGAUAACUGAGAUGUCUACUGCACCAGAUGACACGAAGGAACUGGAGGAGGAGGAGGUAAGCGUGAAAGGACUCGGCAGAAAGAAGCCCGAUGAGUCGCAGCACUUCAAGUGGGUGGACGACGUGAAGGUGCCUUGCGGACGUUUAGUUGCGUCCGAGCACGCCGAUAGGCCGCUCGAGUAUAACGAGUACGCUGUUUACGAUCCGAAACAGGUGUGCAUGCGAUUCGUGGUUGCCGUGAAGUACGAGGAGCAGAACGUGGUGAUGGGCGAGGAAUGA